GGUAGUCGUGUUGUGACACUGAACUGCAUUGGCGUAGGCGUAUGUUUACAUAUUGAAAGUUGAAAAUGGCGGGUAAUUGCGAAGAUGUGAAUGACGGAUUCGAGUCAUAUAAGCAAGAUACUAGAAUACCUUGUAAAUAUGGCGUUAAAUGCUUCCAGAAAAAUCCCACUCAUCACAAGAAGUAUAAGCAUCCUCCAAAACGACGUCCGGAUGAUCAUCAUGGUUUGCAACAAAACAAGAGACAAAAAGCAGAUAAGCACAACAUUGUAAAGCAGAGUCAAGAUGAAGUGGCGGCCCAUUCUUCCAGCGACCAGCCUAGUGGUGGUGAAAAUGAAAAAAAAGAGCAACAAUCCACGAGCAGUGUUGAAGUUGAAACUGCACAUACUCCUCAAGCGCGUAUUAUUCGCGAAGAUGACUCCAGUGAAGUGGAUGACAAAGGAAGUUCCUCCCCUUGUGAUGUAAAAGAAUUCAUCAAGCAGAAGUUCUUGGUUGAAAUGCCUGAAGAUUUUUAUGAGUUUUGGUUAUUUUGUGAACAUUUGUCUAACAACAAGCCUCAAGAGGCAUUAUGUCCAGUUGGACUGACUUUGGUAGGACCAUUUGAUGUUUUGUGUGGCAAUUUGGGUCCAGGAAGCAAGUACAAGAAAUCAGAAUAUCUUCGCCAUUGGAGAUAUUACUAUGACCCACCAGAAUUCCAGACAGUAAUUAAAGGAGAUGAAAAGAAACUGUUCCAUAUUGGAUAUUUUCGUGAUGAUCCCAAAGAAGCACCUUGCUUCGUCGCAAGUAAUUGUGCUGCUGUGGAUUGCUUGAUAAAACCCAUGGCUGAAAAUCUCUUUGGUGCCGUCAACUCAUAUCUUGAGGAAUACCGUUCUAAAGCAGAUCCAUUCCAAAAAAUGAAAGUUUCUCGAAUACAGAGUAGUCUGCAAGAAUGGGCCACAAACCACAAGAUCACUCUGGAUCUCAACACACCACAAAUGAAAGCUCGAUCUAGGAAAACUGUCUGUAAGACAUUUCAUCAGGCAGGAAUGGUUGUUCCUUAUGACAAGAAGACUGAACUUGGUUACAGAAGCCUCAUAGAGUCUGAAAGAACCUUGAAGAAGCUGUUGGAAAAGGUUGUAACAGCAACAACAGAUGAGGAACGUGAUGCACACCUUGGAAAAUUACAAGAAAUUAUUACAGCAGCCAAUAUCGCCACUGAUGAAUGUGAUUUUGGUACGGGACUGGAAUUAGCAGUAGCACUGUUUUGUUUUGGUGGUGAUGUCUUCCACAAUACCAUCAGGCAGUUAGCAGGAACAGCAUAUGGGCUACUGGGUCGAGAAGACUUUGCUACUAUUCUUGAGGCCCAUCUAGAAGAUCGUAGGAAAGGCAGUGACUUAAGUCUCUUGAAAAAAUAAUGUAAUUGUAACACUUUUUGGAAAAUUAAUUUGGUUUAUUAAUAAAUGAUAUUUUAUACAAUAUGAAAAAUAAAUUUACUACAAAAAU